AUGGUCGUCGACACGGCAUACUAUGACCUCCUCGGCGUCAAGCCGACAGCCACCGAGCUAGAGAUCAAGAAGGCAUAUCGAAAACUGGCCAUCGUUCAUCAUCCAGACAAGAACCCCAAUGACCCCUCCGCACAUGCCAAGUUCCAGGAGAUCGGCGAAGCCUACCAAGUGCUCUCCGACACAGACCUACGCAAAGCCUACGACAAGUAUGGCAAGGACCACGCGAAGCCGCAAGAAGGGUUCGUCGACCCGGCCGAGUUCUUCACAAGCAUCUUCGGCGGCGAGGCGUUCCAGGACUGGAUUGGCGAGAUCAGCCUGAUGAAGGACCUGACUGCGACCAUGGACAUCACCAUGGCUGAGGAGGAGGCCGCCGCUGCAGAAGCCGCCGCGGCGGAGGCGGCUGCUGCUGAGGAGGAGUUCCCGGGCACGGAGGAGGCGAUGAAGGAGAGCAUGAAGUCUUCGGGUGCGGACGCUGGAGGACAGACCGGCGUACCGAACAAGCCCCCCGUUGUGGUAGUAGAGGACGAGCCCGCGAGCGAGAAGACCUUUGCUACAGGCACUGCCUCUGCACCUGCAUCCAAAGUAUCUCGAGAACCGUCACCGUCUGCAUCCCGCACAUCUACGCCUGGCCCAUCUGCCAGCGGGACAUCGACACCACGACGCACGGCCAUCCCUAUCCGCCCUGCUCUGAUGGACCGCCCGUCGGACGACGUCACAGCCGCCGCCGAGGAUGAGGCGUCGCUACGGCGCAAGGAGAAGGACAAGAAGAAGGGAGGUCUGACCAAGGAGCAGCGCGAGCAGCUGGCCGCCUACGAGAAGGAGCGCGCGCGCGUCCGCCAGGAGCGUGUCGACACGCUGGCGCGGAAGCUCCUCGACCGCAUCAGCGUGUGGACCGAGACGGACAAGGGCGGCGACGUGACGCGGGCGUUCCAGGAGAAGACGCGGCUGGAGAUGGAGGACCUGAAGAUGGAGUCGUUUGGCAUCGACAUCCUGCACGCGAUCGGCACGACGUACAUGAGCAAGGCGACGGCGCUGCUGCGCUCGCAGAAGAUGUUCGGCAUGGGCGGCUUCUUCAGCCGCAUACGCGACAAGGGCACGCUGGUCAAGGAGACGUGGAACACGAUAUCGUCGGCGAUCGACGCGCAGCAGACCAUGGAGGAGAUGGCGCGCAUGGAGGAGCGCGGCGGCGAGGAGUGGACCGACGAGAAGAAGAUGGAGUACGAGCGGAGGGUCACGGGCAAGAUCUUGACGGCGGCGUGGCGCGGGAGCAAGUUUGAGAUCCAGAGCGUGCUGAGGGACGUCUGCGACGCUGUCCUCAACGACAAGAAGGUCCCACUGGGAAAGAGGCUAGAGCGGGCAGAGGCACUUGUUCUCAUUGGCGACAUCUUUGCAAAGGCUGCGAGAACUCCGGAGGAAGAGGGCGACUAUAUGGCGUUUGAGCAGCUGGUGGCCGAGGCGGCCCUCAAGAAGGAGCAGGACAAGGCCGACAAGAAGAAACGAGGCAAAGACAAAGACAAGCACAAGGGUCAGUCGGCCCAGGCAGCAGAAGCAGCAGCCGAUGCCCCCAACGUGCCCAAGGCAUAG